AGUGAGCGACAAUGGGUAGAGCGCAGGACACGGUCACAUGGAAAGACAAAGCCGUCUCCAAAGUCGGUGACAUGUCCAGGGGUGGUGAUAGAGCAGAUAAGGGUGAUGACAAGGUGGACUCGUGUGGCCGUGGGAGCUGGUGGAUGGAAACACUGAAAGACACACCGCUUCCCGGUCUCUAUCACAUCCGAGACUUCAUCCAAGAAGCUGAUCUGAACCCCGUGAGGAGGACCUACGGGUUUAAAGCUGUGGGCAGAAAGGCCCAGACUUUGGGCGUUCGUGACGGGGAUCUGCUGCUGCCUGGGGCGUAUGACUACACUGACUCCACCCAGAAGGUCCUGAUGCGCCCGGCGUCCUACUCUUUCAAAAACUGUCCACGGCCCGACAUUGACACUCUCGGCAUCAGAGACAAGCACAUAAACACUUCACCGUGCGACUACAAUGUGACAGCCAAACCAGUGGAGAAGAUUCCCUGCAAGCAUGUGAUGUUUCGGUCGACUGUGCAGCGGAUCAGCUUUCCGCCUAAGGAGGGACCGGCUCCGUGUCACUACAAUCCACAGACCAGACCUGGACGAGGCAUCACUUCCUGCUUCAAAUCCACGUUGCCACGGCUCCAUCACGUGUACCCAAAGAGCCCAGGACCGGGAGCCUACGAACCGCACUGGAAGUUGGGUGACCGUCUGAACACGCAGGUCGUGGACCCCUCGUUUAGCCUCUUCUUCCGCAGCAUUCCCUAGUGUGCUCUUUACUUCCCCAAAAGAUCCUGAUCCCCCAACCAUCUCCUCGUACUCUCAGCCAUCACGCGUGACCCUGCCUCGUUGAGAGAAUAACA